UGAGCUCAAGAAUGUCGAUUUUUUUUAAUCUUAAAAUUUUGCUUGUUAUUUUUUGAAUAUUCUUAGGCCUCUUGGUUAUUCAUAAAAGCAACUUAAAGGGGGAAAUAUGAUGUUGAGAAAGGUUUGUUGCCGAAGCCGUGUUCAAUUGGCUCGGAAUUCAUUGCUUCUCAGGUCUUGUUUUAUUUUUAAUGCUCGUUAUUUUCAUCAAAGAAGGUUAACUUCACCUAGAAAAGUUAGGACAAAAGAAACAGGGAUUGAUAAAGGCAUAGAAGGAACGAAAAAGGCCGCCAAAGCUAAAGUCCCUGAUGUAGAAUUCCUGAAACUUUGGAAGUCAACAGAGAAUAAGUAUAAGAGUCAGCUUCGAGGAACAAUGAUGGGAAAAAGAGCAGCAAAAACACAAAGCAAGGACCUUAAUAUGAAGACUGUUCCAAGGCAGAGUGUACUAAUCAAAGAAGAAGCUUUCCAGGUUAUAGAGGACAAUGAUUUCGGUUUUAGAGUUCCAAGCUUUAGUGAAGUUGCAAGCAAGUUGAAUUUGGGAAGGCAAUUUGAAAAAAAGCCAAGUUUUGAAAAAAUGGAAGAGAAUGAAAAAAUGUCAGGAGAUUUGGAUAUUGUAAUGGGUGAUAUUUCUUUUGAAGAUAUUGGUGUUCAUCCAAAAUUAAUAAAAAAGUUACAAAAAGAGGGAAUCACAAGUCCAGUACUUAUUCAAGAAAGAGCUUUGCCUUUGAUCUACAGCAACAAGAGUAUCUUAAUCAAGUCGGAAACUGGUUCAGGGAAAACACUUGUUUUUCUCUUACCUACGUUACAAGAUCCUGGAAAAAGUUAUGGAACUGUCAUUGUUGUUCCCACAAGGGAGUUAGCAAGUCAGAUGUUAUACAAGGCACACAGACUUCUUGGGGAUAAAUCAAUUGUGGCAUCUUUUGUUAGUGGUGUAGAUUUGUCUUCUCAAGAGAAGAGACUACAAGAUAUGACCAACCCACCACGCAUUGUCAUUGGCACACCCAAAAGACUCCUGGAGAUUGUCGAGGCAAAUGAAUCUCUUUUUCUGAAAACUAAGAGAAUUGUUGUUGAUGAAGUUGACAAGAUCCUUCUGCCGUUGCACAAAAGAGCUUCACAAAAGAUGAUUACUAACAGAGUAGCACACCCAAGAUCAGGAAGGCUGUUGGUUGAAAAAAUAGCCCAAAUUUCCAAGGUCCCUAAGAAGCAGUUCAUUGGUGCAUCUGCUACUGUCAACAUUUCUCUUCUAGAAGACCUUGUUGACAUGGGCUGGGGUGAUCAUGUGACUGUGGUCCAGUCCCCCUCUUAUGAAGGAAAGUUGAGAAGUAUCCCAUCAUGCAUUAGACACAGAUAUACAUAUUUUAAUGAAGAGACAGAUCCAUCCAAGGCACAUGUUUUAGUCAGGACCUUCCAAAACUCCAAACAGAAGUCAGCCCUAGUUUUCAUCCACCGUAAUCUUUCCGUCGAUGACUUUGUCUGGGAGCUUCGAUACAUGGGUUUUAAAGCUGCUGCACUCUACAGGAAAAUUGCCAGCCAAAACCCUCUGAACCACGAACACUUCCUAGCUGAUUUUCACUCGGGAAAAAUUCAGCUGGUCGUUGGGACGGAAGAAACCGUCAGAGGGUUGGACUUUAAAGACCUUGAGCAUGUUUACCUUAUGGAAGUUCCAAAGAAUACCGAGGAAUAUCUUCAUCUAGCUGGGCGUGUUGGUCGACAAGGAAAGGAAGGGACAGUUACGACAAUUGUCUCUAAGGACCCACGCGGGGGAGAAAGAAGGAUGUUGUUACAGUAUCGAAGGCUGGCUGUUCCCUUUCAACAGAUAUAACUUCCUUGUGUGAUUUUUAGAGGUUGAAUAGACCACGUUUGAGGUAUUAAAAUCUUAGCACGAUCUCGAGCCUCUCCGGAAUAAAAUGUUCAAAAUAA